AGUGAAUGAACAUUUCAUUGGCUUUGGCUACAUACAACAGUCUCCGACAGUUAGCACAUGCAUUAUAGUGCCAACGUGCAAUCAAUGUUACUCCCGUUCUUUGUACUCUUCCCACUGGUAAAGGCUGUAACAACUUCAGCAAAUGAUAAGCGCUCUUCAGUGAAUGCUACUGCCUCAUUUCACCGUCCCUCCGCCGUCUUCGUAAAUGCUGACAGUUCUCAGACUGCAAAUGUGGUGUACGGUGGACAUAACUUGCAGACCGAUAAAGGUGAAAAAAGAAGUGCGAACGCUGUUAAACGUAAGCAUUUCAAAGGGCUUGCGCUUUUUUCUAAUAAUGCAGGUAUCUGGCCCGGAGCGGUUGUUCCAUACGAACUCGUACCAUAUUUGAAUGUUACUCAACGAGAAGUCGUACGAUAUGCAAUGAAUGCGUUUCAAAAACAUACAUGCAUAAAAUUCCGGAAGCGAACAGAACGUGAUAUGUAUUACCUGUUAAUUUCUGGAAUUCCCAGGAAAUGGUGUUAUAGCACCGUCGGUCGGGAUACUUCCUCUCAUCGGACAAAUGAGGGCAAGUUCAUUACUGAUUUGAAUAUGGAUCCUCAAUGCUUCAACAGGCCAGCUAUGAUUCAUGAACUAAUGCAUAGUAUCGGUUUUCAUCACGAACAUCAAAGAGAGGAUCGCGAUCCACGCGUUACUGGAGGCCCUCGUGAUCCAGAUCCCAAUCGCGAUUUCUAUACUCGAUACGCUUACUCGAGAGCUGAGGCACAAUACAUGGAAGAUAUUUUGAAAGGAAAAAUGUCAGGAGGACGAAUACACCUGCUAGGAUAUAUAAGAAGGAUGCCAGGACUACUCGCGGAAGACCUGCCAUAUGGAUGA